AUUAAUACUCCUGGUGGUGGUGUAUAUGGGCUAAUAAAUAUACAAAUGUAUAUUUAAUAAUUAAAUUCAACGAGUGUAUUGUGAAAUGACGACUUCGAUAACGUGAGUUUAAAUAUUUUUGCGAUGUUUUUAAAAGACAAAAAAUGUUUAAGAAAUCAUUGAAUGAUCGACAUAAAUCAGGAAGAACGUCAGUGUAUCAAAGAGGAAACCAAAGAGAUGCCUCUCCACAUUAUGUAUUUUUAUAUUCCGAUGAUGAAUACAGUGAAGAUGAGGAAAAUAUUCCAUUACAAAAUCGAAAUCACGCACAUGCACCUCGAAAAGUGGAAGUCAUAAAAAUUGAGGUGCAAUCUGAGGACACUUUACAGGCACUUGCUUUAAGAUAUGGAUGUACUAUAUCGGAGAUAAAAAGAGUGAACAAUAUUCACAAGGAAAAUGAAAUAUUCGCUCGUCAAGUGAUAAAAGUGCCAGUUCAACCCUUUUCUCUAUUAACAGAAAAUUUAAAUAAUGAAGAAAUCAAGGAACCAGAAAAAUCGUCAACAUCAAAAGAGGAGCAAAUUUUGAAUUUAAUAACAACUCCAUUGAAAGUUGUUUCAAAUUCCGAAAUCAAUAAUAUUAUAUUAAAUUCAGUAAUCGAGCCAAUUAGUCAAACGGAUAUAAAUGAAGAAGAAAAUAUCAAUUCAACUCUAUUGAGUCCCUCGGAACGAAAAAUUAGUCAAGAACACAGGGUUAAUAGAACUUUCAAGUGUUCUGGCGCCGAUUGGGGUUUCAGAUGGUUUCACGUUAUUGGAAUUUCCCUCCUUAUUUGGAUUGGAGUUCCAAUUUAUAUUUUUUACGUUAUGAAACAACAUUCUAUAGAAAAUCCGCCAAAAACCAAUAAGUCUUAACGAUAAUUAAUCUCUAUAACAAUUUAGUCUCGAUUUGCAUUUGGUUUUUACUUUCUUCAAAACGUUUUCAUGGAAAUUUUCACAUGACAAUUUUCUCUUAAUUAAUUAUUCUGUUAAACUGAAAUUCACCAAAAAGAAAUCUUUUUAUUCUUUUUGGAAUUUCCUAUGAACUAUUUUCUAUUUUUGAAAAUUUAACAUUUAUUUUUUACGUUUUUUACUGCUUGACUUGUGAUCGCAAUUUUUAAGAGUAAAAAGAUGAAGGAUUCACGACAGAAAUUACACUGUACCUUAGAGAAGAAAAUAAGUAAUCUAAGCUCAAUUUAUUGCCAAAAAGAAAUUUUAGAAUUUCGUGCCUUAAAGUGUUUAAAAAAUUUGUCAGAAAAAUUUUUUCUGAACGCAAAAUUUAAUGAAUUGAAAUGUUACUAAACUAAAGUAAAU